UGACCUGUAAUCUGAUAGUCUCUAGGACCCUAAGUGAAGCAAUCUUGAAACACAGACUGUGACCCUUGCUCCCAGAUUUGCCUGUAUCACUUAGAGAAGCCCAGAGAACCAAGAUUCUCUUCAGGUCUCCAGGGCAACAGACCAGGUGACCAAUCAGUUGUUAGACAUGGGGUCAUUGUUUGAUGCCUGAAUAUCACUAUAGCUACUGAAGCCUAGGUGACUGAACUAAACAUAAAAGAGAACCUGCCCAGGCUCCUUAUCAAGCAGGGCUGUAGACAUGUCUAUGGAAAGGAUGACAAAAGUAGAAGAGAGUUUGCAAAGGGCUGUGAGACUUAAGAAGAUAGUUAACAGGUGGCAAAAGUUACAUACUCAUUGUAUGUGGCAGAUGACAUUGAGCCAGAGAAGAAACCCAUAUGCUAUCCUAAGGAUGCAGGCCACCAUGGAACAAGAAUUGGCGCUAGCUAACAAACAACUGCUGGUGGUCCGGCAAGCUGCCCUGCACCAGCUAUUUGAAAAGGAGCAUCAGCAGUACCAGCAGGAACUCAACCAGAUGGGCAAAGCUUUUUAUGUGGAGAGACUCUGACAGCCUUCGAGACACUGCUCUUUCAUUCUCAUCAGACCUGUUAACGAAGCCUUGCUGAGCCUCUGCCACCUUGAACUAUCCUUCCAAAACCAAGCUGGGCCCCGGAUUUAAAGCAAUGUGAUACUCUCACCUCUUCACUCUCACCAAGCCCCUUGCCAUUUAGGAAACAAUUCAUGAAAAACAAGAGUGACGCCUUGUGGUCAGACUGAGAUAUGCAGUGUUGAUGUCAGCAAUAGAAGGAACAUGCAGUGUUAUAUAUGAAAAUCUUGCUUUGGUUUAACAAAUAAAGUUAUGUGUUAAUAAGGAUCAAA